AGAUGAAUAGCUCUGUUAUCUCGCCUCACAUCUCUGAAAUGUUAUUCUGAUUAAAUCCUCUUUUCUCUUAUCCUUCUUCUUCACUAUGGUUGUAAGUGCUUAUAAUUUUCAGUUAAUUUUCACAGAUACUGGAAGACGAAAAUGAUGAAAAAAUAAGACAAAACUGUGUGAUCAUCAAACCCUAUGUGUUUGAUAUGAUCAAACACCUUAUCGCUACGUUCUUUCUGAUUCGUCUAUUUCCAGAUUUAUUUUUUAAACAAUUUUAAUUCUUUUAUUUUUUGCUGAGAAUGGAUAUGAGUUUGAUUUGGUGAAUGGUACAGAGGAUUUAUAUAUAGCAGCAGGGUACAGUAGUGAAAACCUAUCAGCUUAAGAAAAUUUAUAUGAAACAAACAUGCUUCAAUUUCACAUCACAAAGUGCUUGGUGUUAUAUGAAUUUUCAACUUGGUUAAAAUCAAUCAAUUUGUUAGAGCCAUUGACAAAAAUCUAAAAUGAGUGGUAUAUAAUUGUUAUAGGGAUAAGCUUGUUGUCUAAUUGAUAACAUUGAAUUUCCUCUAUGGCCAUGAUUAAGGGCACUUUACUUGAGUCCUUUUCCCACCUUAGAGAAAUAAAUGUUUUGAAAUCUUCCUAGUUCCAGACGUUUCUAUAAUAAAAGAUUUCACCUGCUUAAACCUGCCAUUUCAUUGCUACUCACAUCUAACCUGGACAAGGAUAAUUGACACACAACCACUGAUGAACCAGAAGACAUAUUUUUCAUAUGCUUAAUUAAAUUGUUAGUAGUGAUCGCUUUCAAGUCGAAGAAGCUCUGCCCCUUGCUCCUUAAGCAUUUUUUGGUUGAAGAUUUAAUUCCUGAGCAGUGUGUAUAUAGAAUAAUUAGUUGGGAGAAGUUUGUCCACUUAAUGUCAUCUCCGUAUUGUCUUUGGAGGAUUAACUUCAUGGUUGCCGUUUGCGAAACUAUCUGUGUUAUACAUAAAGUUGAAGACACCUUGAUUUGUGAACUGGACAAAAACAGGGUUGAGUACAUGACAACAUUACAUGUGAGGGCUACAUGUUGAUGGAUAUGCAUGAAGCAUAUACUAUAGUUUGCACACUUUAUAAUAUGUAAUUGAAGAUGUUAACAAACAUCAAUCAUCAUCAUGAAGUUAUUAGGCUAACAUUUGUUGGUUGUUGAACUUAAAUGUUGUGUUCACCAUCAACAAAAUUUGUGAUUUUUAUUUUUUAUUUUUAUUUUUAUCAAACCCGGUUAUCAAUGAAACUAGAAUAGAAGAAUAUGAAAUUAGAAUUUAGAAAAAAUACUAUAGAAAAGGAAGAUGAGUUGCGUCAACAACAGUUUUUUGAAACGUGUCCUUAGUUUCUUCUUAUGAUCAAAAUGCCCCACACUCUUUUUUAAGGCAAGAAUUUCGCAACAAAUUGCAACCAUAUCAUUAAUUCAUAAACAAGACAUUAUAUCUACUAGCUAAUUUGCUAUAAAGUGCCAGAGAGGCAGAGACAAAUGGUGAUCAAUCUCCAAAGUACUCAGUCCUUAGCUAAUUAUUUCUAGUAGUACACAAUGGACAACUUUGAACAUGUCACAGAGCCUGUAAGUCCUACUGGUCGAUAUUUCAACACCCCAUUGAUAUGUUCUUAUGUUUUUGGGUUUUUAGAAGCAGAAAUCCCAAUUGAUGACUCUCAAGAUUUGUGUUUGUUCAAAGAUGUUUUUCUACCUAUCAAUCCUCGCUUCUCCUCCAUCAUGGAGAGAGACAAAGAUGGCACAAUGAAAUGGAGAAAAGUAGAGGUGAGAGCUGAAGACCAUAUGAAGUUCCCCAUAUUUCCAGAAAGUGAGUCAUUGGAAGUGUAUGACAAGUAUUUUGAUGAGUAUGUGUCAAAGAUACUAAUGGAAAGGACCCCUCAAGAUAAGUCACUUUGGGAAAUUCAUGUGAUCAAAUAUCCAACAAGCAAUGCUGCUGGGACCUUAAUAUUCAAACUUCACCAUGCACUUGGAGAUGGUUACUCUCUUGUUGGUGCUCUUCUUUCUUGUCUUCAGAGAGCUGAUGAUCCUUCUCUGCCUCUGUCUUUCCCUUCUCGCAAACCAUCACAAUCACUUGCUCCGAAGAAAGGCUCCUUCAAGUGGUUCCCUUCAACCAUACUCUCCGUUUUCAACUCCUUCUCGGAUUUUGGAUGGAGCAUAGUUAAAAGUUCAGUGAUAGAAGAUGACAAAACACCCAUAAGGAGUGGUGAUGAAGGUCUUGAGUUUCAGCCAUGUGUCCUGUCAAACAUAUCUUUCUCCCUGGAUGAAAUAAAAAUGAUCAAGUCCAAGCUUGGAGUGACAAUAAACGAUGUGAUCACUGGGGUAAUUUUCUAUGGGAUUCGUCUAUACAUGCAAGAGAUUGACAAUAAGGCAAGAACAGCAAAUUCCACAGGAUUGGUGCUGCUUAAUACUAGGAACAUUGGAAGUUAUCAAUCAGUCCAAGAUAUGAUGAAGCCUGAUUCCAAAUCACCUUGGGGGAAUCAUAUUUCUUUCUUACAUGUCCCAAUACCCAAGUUAAGCCAAGCCAGCUCAUCCAACCCCCUUGAAUUUGUUUGGAAAGCACAAAAGUUUAUCAAGAGGAAGAGAAAUUCUUUCACAGUUUUUCUUAUUGAGUGGGUGUUGGACAUGGAGCUGAAAUUAAGAGGACAUGAGGCAGUUGCUAAACACAUUUAUGGUACAAUACGAAACUCAAGUGUUGUAAUAUCCAACUUGAUUGGGCCAGUGGAACCUAUGGCUUUGGCAAAUCAGCCUGUGAAGGGCUUGUACUUCACAAUGACGGGUGGACCUGAGAGUAUAAAUAUUGCAGUUAUGAGCUAUAAAAGAACAUUAAGACUUACCCUGAAAACUCAUAAAGGGUUUAUUGACGAGAAGAAGUUCAAAUCUUCCAUAGUAAAAGCAUUUGAAGUCAUAUCCAAAGCCGCAAUGGAUAUGGAUAUACCAAACAAGAGCAAAGGUUAAUCUAUUACCUACAGAGAGGCAAAAAGGGAGGCUUCGUGUCGGAGUUUGAAGAGAAGUUUAUUUACUUUUCCUUUAUAUAAUUUAAUCCAACAAAUGAAUAGAGAUCCUAAAUUCAAACAUUAUUGUAUAAUUGUAUUAUAUUUGUAAUCGUAAAUAUAUACCUAUAGUUCGUCACUUGCUGUUAUAAA